GAGUCCAUCGAUCUUAAACAGUUUUUUGACCAACAUUUUUCACAUAUAUAUUAUGUGUUUUUUGAGAAUUUUGUUACUAUUGAAGCUAGUCUUAAACAGAAAGGUCACAAGUCUCAGAGGGAGGAAUUGGAUGCUAUACUUUUUAUUUUUGAGAAAAUUUUACAACUUCUUCCAGAAAGAAUUCAUCAGCGAUGGCAGUUUCAUAGUAUUGGAUUGAUUUUAAAGAAACUGCUACACACAGGAAACUCCUUGAAGAUUAGGCGGGAAGGUGUUCGUCUUUUCUUAUUAUGGUUGCAAGCUCUUCAGAAUAACUGUAGCAAAGAACAGCUUUGGAUGUUUUCAUGUUUAAUCCCUGGAUUUUCAGCACCACAAUCUGAAUAUGGACCUCGAACUUUAGAUAAUCUCAUUAAUCCUCCACUCAACCUUCAAGAAACUCAAGUCACUAUAGAAGAAAUCACUCCGCUUGUCCCCCCACAAUCAGGAGAUAAAGGACAAGAAGAUCUAACAAGCUAUUUUCUUGAAGCACUUUUAAAAUAUAUAGUAAUUCAGGUAAAAAGUUUAGAAUGGAAGAACAAAGAAAACCAAGAAAGAGGAUUUUCAUUUUUGUUUUCACAUUUUAAGAAAUAUUACUUGCCUUAUAUUUUUCCAAACAUCUGUAAGGAGAAUAGUUUAUAUCAUCCUGUACUUGAUAUCCCACAGAUGAGACCAAAGCCACAUUAUGUCAUGAUAAAGAAGGAUGCUGAAACCAAUGAAACAAUCUAUUGUACAAAGGAGCCUUUCAUUAAGGCUCGUGUUAUUGUCAUUCGUUGGCUGGUUUCAUUCUGGCUGGAGCCAAAGCCACAUACAGGACCUCAUAUUCCUGGGAUGGAAGGUGAAGUCUUGCCAAAGAAUAUUCAGAGAGCAGCUGCUAGUUUGGUAUCCAGAGAAGAAAACAAAAAUGAUAAUGCCGAUAAAGCAGAUAGAACUACAGAACCCGAGCAGUCUCAUUCCAACACAAGCACUCUCACGGAGCGAGAACCUAGCUCUUCUAGUCUCUGUAGUAUUGAUGAAGAACAUCUCACAGACAUUGAAAUAGUUCGCAGAGUUUUUUCUUCUAAAAGAAGUAAUGUAAACUUUGUCACAGAGAUAUUUCGUCAGGCAUUUUUAUUACCAAUUUGUGAAGCAGCAGCUAUGAGAAAAGUGGUAAAAGUAUAUCAAGAAUGGAUCCAGCAAGAGGAAAAGCCUUUGUUCAUGCAAGAGCCUGAAGAAAUUGUGAUCUCAUCUUCAGACUUACCAUGCAUUGACAAUGUCACAGACCAUGAUAUUUCAAUGGAAGAAGGAGAAAAGAGAGAAGAGGAAAAUGGGACCAGUAUUGCUGAUCAUGUUCGAAAUUCCACUUGGGCAAAAAAUGGCACCUACCAAGAUGUUCUUCAUAAUGCUUCUGAAGAAGCCAUAGAACAAAACAUACGAGCUGGUGUCCAAGCAGUUUUGCAGGUGUUUGUUAUAAACUCCUCAAACAUCUUUCUUCUUGAACCUGCAAAUGAGAUAAAAAAUCUUCUGGAUGAGCACACAGAUAUGUGUAAACGAAUUCUUAACAUUUAUCGGUUCAUGGUUGUGCAAGUAUCAAUGGACAAAAAGACUUGGGAACAGAUGCUGCUUGUGUUGCUCAGAGUCACGGAGUCUGUACUGAAGAUGCCAUCACAAGCUUUUCUACAGUUCCAGGGGAAAAAAAAUAUGACCUUGGCAGGUCGACUUGCAGGACCACUUUUCCAGACUCUUAUAGUUGCCUGGAUUAAAGCAAAUCUAAAUGUGUACAUCUCCCGAGAACUUUGGGAUGACUUACUCUCAGUAUUGUCAUCGUUGACCUGUUGGGAAGAGUUAGCCACUGAAUGGUCACUGACUAUGGAGACACUAACUAAAGUUUUAGCUAGAAAUUUAUAUAGUUUGGAUCUCAGUGAUUUACCAUUGGAUAAGCUGAGUGAACAGAAACAAAAAAAGCACAAAGGGAAAGGAGUGGGACAUGAAUUUCAGAAAGUUUCAGUUGACAAGUCAUUUUCUAGAGGAUGGAGUCGCGAUCAGCCUGGCCAAGCCCCAAUGAGACAGAGAAGUGCAACAACCACUGGUUCCCCAGGAACGGAAAAGGCGAGGAGUAUAGUACGGCAAAAAACUGUUGCCAUGAGAAGCCGAUCCAUUGGUGAAUGUGCUCUGCCAUCGGCCUAUAUACGCAGUGCUAAAAGUGCUCCUGUUCUGAUCCAUACUUCCAAACCCUUCUUGCCUGAUAUUGUUCUCACUCCCCUUUCUGAUGAGCUUUCAGAUAUUGAUGAUGCUCAAAUACUUCCUCGUUCAACUAGAGUCAGACAUUUUUCACAAAGCGAAGACACUGGAAAUGAAGUUUUUGGUGCUUUGAGUGAGGAGCAGCCAUUGCCUCGAAGUAGCAGCACUUCUGACAUCUUGGAACCAUUCACUGUUGAACGAGCCAAAGUCAAUAAAGAGGACAUGAGCACAAAACUGCCCCCUCUUAAUAGUGAUAUUGGCAGCAGCAAUGCUAAUGUUCCUGAUCUGAUGGAUGAGUUUAUAGCAGAACGACUUCGAAGUGGUAAUGCCUCAACUAUGACAAGAAGAGGAAGUAGUCCAGGUAGCCUCGAAAUUCCCAAAGACCUCCCUGAUAUUCUGAACAAGCAGAACCAAAUGCGCCCUAUUGAUGACCCAGGUGUGCCCUCAGAAUGGACUUCUCCUGCCAGUGCAGGGAGCAGUGAUCUUAUCAGCUCAGAUAGUCAUUCGGAUUCUUUCAGCGCUUUCCAAUAUGAUGGCCGAAAAUUUGACAAUUUUGGUUUUGGAGCUGAUACUGGGAAUGCAUCCUCUGCUGAUGUGGAUUCAGGUUCUGGCCAUUAUCAGAGUGCUGAAGAGCAAGAAGUGGCUAGCCUAACCACACUCCACAUCGAUUCGGAAACAAGCAGUCUUAAUCAACAAGCUUUUUGUACUGAAGUUGCAACGGUUACUGGUUCAGAAAGUGCCUCUCCAGUCCAUUCAGCUCUGGGAUCCAGGUCACAGACACCUUCUCCUUCCACACUGAAUAUAGAUCACAUGGAACAGAAGGAUCUACAGCUCGAUGAGAAGCUCCACCACUCUGUCCUACAGACGCCAGAUGACCUAGAAAUCAGUGAAUUUCCAUCUGAAUGCUGUAGUGUGAUGGCAGGGGGCACUCUCACAGGAUGGCAUGCUGAUGUUGCUACUGUAAUGUGGCGAAGAAUGCUAGGUAUUUUGGGAGAUGUCAACGCUAUUAUGGAUCCUGAAAUACAUGCUCAAGUUUUUGAUUACCUCUGUGAACUUUGGCAGAAUCUAGCUAAGAUUAGAGAUAACCUCGGCAUUUCAACUGAUAACCUGACCUCCCCUUCUCCACCGGUUUUAAUUCCUCCACUGAGAAUUCUUACACCUUGGCUUUUCAAGGCAACCAUGUUAACUGAUAAAUAUAAGCAAGGUAAAUUACACGCCUAUAAACUUAUUUGUAAUACAAUGAAAAGAAGACAAGAUGUUUCUCCAAAUAGAGAUUUCCUAACACACUUCUACAAUAUAAUGCACUGUGGAUUACUUCAUAUUGACCAGGAUAUUGUCAAUACAAUCAUCAAGCACUGCUCACCUCAGUUUUUUUCACUUGGUUUGCCUGGUGCCACAAUGCUUAUUAUGGAUUUUAUUGUAGCAGCUGGUAGAGUGGCUUCUUCAGCUUUUCUCAAUGCACCAAGAGUGGAAGCACAAGUUCUUCUUGGAUCUCUGGUUUGCUUUCCCAACUUAUAUUGUGAACUGCCUGCUCUCCAUCCCAACAUUCCUGAUAUUGCUGUGUCUCAAUUUACAGAUGUUAAGGAACUUAUAAUCAAAACUGUAUUAAGUUCGGCAAGAGAUGAGCCCUCUGGUCCUGCACGAUGUGUAGCACUUUGCAGUUUAGGUAUUUGGAUUUGUGAAGAACUAGUCCAUGAGUCUCAUCAUCCUCAAAUUAAGGAAGCUCUGAAUGUAAUUUGUGUUUCUUUAAAGUUUACAAAUAAAACAGUAGCCCAUGUAGCUUGUAACAUGCUUCACAUGCUGGUUCAUUAUGUACCUAGACUUCAGAUUUACCAGCCUGAUUCUCCUUUGAAAAUUAUUCAAAUUCUAAUAGCCACUAUUACCCAUCUUUUGCCAAGUACAGAAGCUUCAUCUUAUGAAAUGGACAAGAGGUUGGUGGUAUCCUUACUUCUGUGCCUUCUGGACUGGAUCAUGGCCUUACCUCUAAAGACACUGCUCCAACCAGUCCAUGCUACAGGAACAGAAAAUGAUAAAAUAGAAAAAUCUGUCCUCAACUGUAUUUAUAAGGUAUUACAUGGGUGUGUUUAUGGAUCUCAGUGUUUUAGCAAUCCAAGGUAUUUUCCAUUAAGCCUCUCUGAUUUGGCAUCUGUAGAUUAUGAUCCUUUUAUGCAUUUGGAAAGCCUAAAAGAGCCUGAACCUCUGCACUCUCCUGAUUCGGAACGAUCUUCUAAACUCCAGCCAGUAACAGAAGUGAAAACUCAGAUGCAACAAGGAUUAAUCUCUAUAGCUGCCCGCACUGUUAUUACACAUCUGGUAAAUCACUUGGGCCAUUAUCCAAUGAGUGGUGGUCCUGCUAUGUUAACAAGUCAGGUGUGUGAAAAUCACGACAAUCAUUACAGUGAAAGCACUGAACUUUCUCCUGAACUCUUUGAGAGUCCAAAUAUUCAGUUCUUUGUGUUGAACAAUACAACCUUAGUGUCCUGUAUCCAGAUCAGAUCUGAAGAGAGUAUACCUGGAGGAGGUUUAUCUGCUGGCCUUGCAUCAGCCAAUUCAAAUGUCAGGAUUAUAGUACGUGAUCUUUCUGGAAAAUAUUCAUGGGAUUCUGCCAUCCUGUAUGGACCACCUCUUGUAAGUGGUUUGUCAGAACCUACAUCUCUUAUACUUUCAUUGUCUCACCAAGAGAAGCCAGAAGAGCCUUCUACAUCUCAUGAAUGCUUAGAAGAUAUAACAGUUAAAGAUGGGGUUUCCCUCCAGUUUAGAAGAAGAUUUAGAGAAACUGUACCAACUUGGGAUACAAUAAGAGAUGAAGAAGAUGUUCUUGAUGAGCUUUUGCAGUAUUUAGGUGUAACUAGUCCUGAAUGCUUACAGAGGACUGGAGUCUCACUUAAUAUUCCUGCUCCACAGCCUGUGUGCAUUUCUGAAAAACAGGAAAAUGAUGUUAUUAACGCUAUCCUUAAGCAGCAUACAGAGGAAAAAGAAUUUGUUGAGAAACACUUUAAUGACUUAAACAUGAAAGCUGUGGAGCAAGAUGAACCAACACCUCAGAAACCUCAGUCAGCAUUUUAUUAUUGCAGAUUGCUUCUUAGUAUAUUGGGAAUGAAUUCCUGGGAUAAAAGGAGGAGCUUUCAUCUCCUGAAGAAAAAUGAAAAACUACUUAGAGAACUUAGGAACUUGGACUCAAGACAGUGCCGAGAGACACACAAGAUUGCAGUAUUUUAUGUUGCUGAAGGACAAGAAGACAAACAUUCCAUUCUCACCAAUACAGGAGGAAGUCAAGCAUAUGAAGAUUUUGUAGCUGGUCUUGGUUGGGAGGUAAAUCUUACAAACCAUUGCGGUUUCAUGGGAGGACUACAAAGAAAUAAAAGCACUGGAUUGACCACACCAUAUUUUGCUACCUCUACAGUUGAAGUAAUAUUUCACGUAUCAACAAGAAUGCCUUCUGAUUCUGAUGACUCUUUGACCAAAAAAUUGAGACAUUUAGGAAAUGAUGAAGUACACAUCGUUUGGUCAGAGCAUACUAGAGACUACAGGAGAGGAAUUAUUCCUACCGAAUUUGGUGAUGUCCUUAUUGUAAUAUACCCAAUGAAAAAUCACAUGUUCAGUAUCCAGAUAAUGAAAAAACCAGAGGUUCCCUUCUUUGGUCCACUUUUUGAUGGUGCUAUUGUGAAUGGAAAGGUCCUACCCAUUAUGGUUCGAGCAACCGCUAUAAAUGCAAGCCGUGCUCUGAAAUCGCUGAUUCCAUUAUAUCAAAACUUCUAUGAGGAGAGAGCGCGAUAUCUGCAAACGAUUGUCCAGCACCAUUUAGAACCAACGACAUUUGAAGAUUUUGCAGCACAGGUUUUUUCUCCAGCUCCCUACCAUCAUUUACCAUCUGAUGCCGUCGGCUCCUACCCAGAGAUUCUACCCAGUGAAACUCCCACAGCAACGCAGGUAGACGGGGCUGACCUGGCCUCACCAAUGUCUCCUCGAACUAGCAAAAGCCGCAUGUCCAUGAAGCUGCGUCGUUCCUCUGGCUCAGCCAAUAAAUCCUAA